UGCGCAUGCGCACCGCCGCCCCAUUAUUGUCCAGCCGCAGCGGUCCGGGUGAAGCGACGCCGCGGUACCGCCGCCGCCGUCGUACAGCCGAGGGCACGACCCAGCGGGCGCUCGCCUAUCAGUUACUAUUUCUUUCACUAUUUUGGUGGCAAAGGCCUGAGCACGGACUGCCUGGCCACUAUGGACUCCUGAAUUAUGAAGCACAGCUCUCAUCUGGCUCUUGUCUCCGGUUACCACUGCUACUAGCUGUUAGCCUCAGUGACACUCUUUUUAAAAAGAGAGAGAGAGAGAGAGAGAAGGAAGGAGGGGGCGACACUGACCCAGCAGCUGCUGCUUGGACACACAUGGUACAUAGCUGCCAUACCCAGGCCUGCGUCUCCACAGCGCUGCCCUGCCGCUGACGCCCCAGCAAACCUAGGGCUCAUCGCCGUUUGCCACCACAUAAACAUACAUUGGAUUUUUCCUUUUCCUUCUCUGCUGUGGGGAACUGUGGUCUGCUUGUGAGCGCCCCCGGUCAUGGAGGCCGGCAUGGAGUACUGCGUGGCCCAGGUGAUGCAGAAGGACGUGGGCCGACGCCUGCAGGUAGGCCAGGAGAUCAUAGACUUUAUCGCCGACAAGGAGAAGUCCCAUGAUCUGGAGCAGGACCAGGCUGUGCUGGACAGGAUGGUGGAUGGCAUCGCCAGCUCCUGGGUUAACUCCAGCAACUUCAAGGUGGCUUUGCUAGGAAUGGACAUUCUGUCUGCUUUAGUGACCCGGUUACAAGACCGCUUCAGAGCCCAGAUCGGCACAGUACUGCCGAGUUUGAUAGACCGAUUGGGAGAUGCAAAAGACCAGGUGAGAGACCAGGAUCAGGCUCUUCUGCUGAAGAUUAUGGAACAGGCUGCCAACCCUCAGUACGUGUGGGACAGGAUGCUGGGUGGUUUCAAGCACAAGAACAACCGGAGCAGGGAGGGGGUCUGCCUCUGUCUGGUCGCCACCCUCAGUGUAUAUGGAGCUCAAGGUUUAACCCUCAGCAAGAUUGUACCACAUAUAUGUAACCUGUUAGGAGAUCCCACAAGCCAGGUCCGAGACGGGGCCAUGAACUGUCUUGUGGAGAUCUACAGGCACGUCGGUGAGAGAGUACGGAUAGACCUCAGUAAAAAGGGCCUGCCCCAGUCACGGUUGAAUGUAAUCUUCAGUAAAUUUGAUGAAGUCCAAAGAUCUGGGAACAUGAUCCUGUCAUCUGCCUCAGACAAGAACAUUGACGAUGAAGACUCUUUGGAUGGGGGCCGGUCCUCCUCCUCCUCCUCUUCCUCCAAGGCGCCCCCUGGUACCCGUAGGAGCGUGUGCGUGGGUUCCGUACGCAGGCCUGUCCCAGCGGCUGGUCCCAAGGCCCCAGGGAAGGAGGGGGCCAGCGCGGGGGCAGUGGAUGAGGAGGACUUCAUGCGCGCCUUUGAGGAUGUGCCUACUGUGCAGAUUUACUCCAACCGGGAGCUGGAAGAAUCCAUUAACAAGAUCCGGGAGGUCCUGUCCGACGACAAGCACGACUGGGAGCAGCGCGUGUCUGCGCUGAAGAAGGUGCGUUCCCUCGUCCUGGCUGGUGCGGCGGAGCAUGAGGGCUUCAUUCAGCAGCUCCGCUCCCUAGAGGCUGCCUUCAAGCUCUCGGCCAAAGACCUCCGCUCGCAGGUGGUGCGUGAGGCCUGCAUCACGCUGGGGCACCUAUCCUCCGUGUUGGGGAUCCGAUUCGACCACGGCGCCGAAACCAUCAUGCCCACGCUACUCAACCUCGUCCCUAACAGUGCCAAAGUCAUGGCCACGUCCGGUGUGGCCGCCAUCCGGCUCAUCAUCCGCCACACACACUACCCCCGGCUGAUUCCCAUCAUGACCAGCAACUGCACAUCCAAGUCUGUGGCCGUCCGACGGCGCUGCUACGAGUUUUUAGACCUCCUGCUGCAGGAGUGGCAGAUGCACUCUUUGGAGCGGCACGUCGCGGUCCUCACAGAGACCAUCAAGAAGGGCAUCCAUGACGCCGACUCCGAGGCAAGAUCUGUGGCCAGAAAGUGUUACUGGGGCUUUCACGGACACUUCAGCAGGGAGGCAGAGCACCUCUUCCAAGCUCUGGAGGCCUCUUACCAGAAGGCCCUGCAGUCGCACCUGAAGAACUCUGACAGCAUCGUGUCCCUGCCACAGUCAGACCGCUCAUCCUCCAGCUCCCAGGAGAGCCUCAACCGCCUUUCUGCGAAGAGCCCGAUGGGGACCAGCAUGGCUCGAGCCAAAGUGGUGAGUUCCAGGGUCCCAUCAGCGCCAGGCUCCCUCCAGCGAUCCCGCAGUGACAUCGACGUCAAUGCUGCCACCAGUGCCAAGUCCCGCAUGACGGCGGUUCCCACGUCCGCUGCACCCUUCAGUUCCGCUGCCGCCCUGCCCCCUGGGUCCUACGCCUCUCUGGGCCGCGUUCGCACCAGGAGGCCGAGCUCUGGAAGCGCGGUGGGGGUGAGCACCGUCACCACAGACAGCAGGGGGCGCAGUCGUGCCAAGGUGGCAUCCCAGUCCCAGCCUGGUAGUCGCUCCAGCUCUCCAGGACGACUCCUGGGCCACGCUCACGGCCGGGCCCCCCGCACCUCCGCCUCCGCCGCCGCCACGCCCUCCUCCGACAAGCGUGCCAGGGUGCCUCGGAGCCAGGGCUGCAGUCGCGAGACCAGUCCCACCAGGCUGGGCGUGGCCCGGAGCCGCCUCCCCCGGCCCAGCGUGAGCCAGGGGUGCAGCCGUGACACCAGCCGCGAGAGCAGUCGGGACACGAGUCCCGCGCGCGGUUUCGCUCCUCUGGACCGCUUUGGCCUGGUGCAUCCUGCUCGGAUCUCAGCCAUGAGGGUCCUCAACACGGGCACAGAGGUGGAGGCAGCGGUGGCAGACGCCCUGCUGCUCGGUGAUUCCAGGAACAAGCGGAAGCCCGUCCGCCGGCGGUACGAGUCGCCGGGGAUGUACUCAGACGACGAUGCUAACAGCGAUGCGUCCAGCGCCUGCUCAGAGCGCUCGUACGGCUCCCGCAACGGCGGCGUGCCGCAUUACCUGCGGCAGACGGAGGAUGUAGCCGAGGUGCUCAACCACUGCGCUAGCUCUAACUGGUCCGAGCGCAAGGAGGGUCUACUGGGCCUGCAGAACCUGCUCAAGAGCCAGCGGAUCCUCAGCCGAGUGGAACUGAAGAGGCUCUGUGAGAUCUUCACCAGGAUGUUUGCCGACCCGCACAGCAAGAGAGUGUUCAGCAUGUUCCUGGAGACGCUGGUGGACUUCAUCCUCGUUCACCGCGAGGACCUCCAGGACUGGCUCUUCGUCCUGCUUACCCAGCUGCUGAAGAAGAUGGGUGCCGACUUGCUGGGCUCCGUCCAGGCCAAGGUCCAGAAGGCCCUGGACGUCACCAGGGAUUCAUUCCCAUUCGACCAGCAGUUCAACAUACUCAUGCGUUUCAUCGUGGAUCAGACCCAGACGCCCAAUCUUAAGGUACUGUGGGUCACUAAGGCCGCCCAGGUGGUGCUUAUCUCACUGUUUGAGCUAAACACGGCAGAGUUCACCAUGCUGCUGGGGGCGCUGCCCAAAACGUUCCAGGAUGGAGCCACCAAGCUCCUGCACAACCACAUGAAGAACUCCAGCAACAUGGGCGUGGCGUCUCCCAGCAGCACCAUGGGUCGCCCCCCUCCUCGGCACCCUGGCAGCCGGAGCAGCCCCCUCACCUCCCCCACCAACUGCUCUCAUGGGGGGCUAUCACCCAGUCGCUUGUGGGGCUGGGGUGCCGACGGGCCGUCCAAGCAGCCCUCUCCCCUAGCUCCGCCCCACUCCACCCCCGCCGCCCCCUCCCUCAAGGCCCUCCGUCGCGCUUACUCUCCCAGCUUGUUGGAGUAUGACACGGAGAACAUGAACUCAGAUGAGAUCUACAACUCCCUGCGUGGCGUCACCGAAGCCAUCCAGAGCUUCAGCUACCGCAGUCAGGAGGACCUGAAUGAGCCCGUGAGGCGCGAGGGCAAGAAGGACGACGCCGUCGGCCGGGAGGCUCUUCUGGCCGGUUCUGGCUCUGACCCCCGCCUGGGCAUUGACGUCAUCGAGGGGGGACGUACGGCGCUGGAUAACAAGACAUCACUGCUCAACACGCCGUCCCCACGCUCCUUCGCUGGGCCCCGGGGCCGUGAAUACAGCCCCUACAGCUAUGCCGACACCAUCAAUGCUUACGACAAGAGCGCCCUGAAGGAGGCGGUGUUUGAUGAUGACGUCGAGCAGUUCCGUGACGUGCCCCUGGACCGCUCCGAGCUGGUUGCCGAGCUCCUAAAGGAGCUGUCCAAUCACAAUGAGCGUGUGGAGGAGCGCAAGGGGGCGCUGGUAGAGCUCCUGAAGAUCACGCGGGAGGACAGCCUUGGCGUCUGGGAUGAGCACUUCAAGACGGUGCUGCUGCUGCUGCUGGAAACACUAGGCGACAAAGAUCACACCAUCCGGGCCCUGGCUCUGCGUGUCCUGAAGGAGAUCCUCCGGAACCAGCCAGCCCGAUUCAAGAACUAUGCAGAGCUCACCAUCAUGAAGACACUGGAGGCCCAUAAGGACUCUCACAAGGAGGUGGUGCGGGCGGCAGAGGAGACGGCCUCCACCCUGGCAGGCUCCAUCCACCCGGAGCAGUGCACCAAGGUGCUGUGUCCUAUUGUGCAGACGGCCGACUACCCCAUCAACCUGGCGGCCAUCAAGAUGCAAACCAAGGUCAUCGAACGCAUCGUCAAGGACUCUCUGCUGCAGCUUCUGCCCGACAUCAUACCUGGGCUCCUGCAGGGCUAUGACAACACGGAGAGCAGCGUCCGCAAGGCCAGCGUGUUCUGCCUGGUGGCCAUCUACUCCGUGAUUGGCGAGGAGCUGAAGCCACACCUUUCCCAGCUCACGGGCAGCAAGAUGAAGCUGCUCAACCUGUACAUCAAGAGGGCCCAGACCACCAACAGCAACAGUAGCAGCUCAUCGGAUGUGUCCACACACAGCUAGCCAGUCUGCGGCCCAUAGCUGCCCCUACCCCCCACCCCGACGGUGGCCAUGCCUCCUUCCAGACCUCUCCAUCUGUGUUUGCAUCAACACCCACCUCCCCUUCCCCCAGAGGUGUGGGGGGGGGGUCAUUGUACAUGUUUCAGCCAGUGUUUACUAUACACGAUUUCCUUUUACCUUCAUACUUCUGGAUGUGGAGUCAUUUUGCUGAUAUUUCUCCCUUUUCUGGAGCGACGAGGUCUCACCGGGUGGGAUGUGGGACAAUCGCUGCCUGUUCUGCAGCCUUGCUGUUACUCAAGUCCUUCUGAAUUGAUGGCUUAGCUGACAAUGUUAUGGUUUUUUUUGGCAAUGAAACAAAUAAGGGCAAAUGACAUCCGCUUACUGCGAUCAUCUAGAGACCUUUGAGCUGCCCCGCUUUGCCCUAAGAGCGGAUUCUCAUCAUUCCUGCAAGUGGCAGCAGCCUUGAAUAAAGGGCAUGUUCCGAAGAGCGUGUCCUGCUGGAUCUGUGAGAAACGGCUGGGGUCGCUCAUCUAAUCGUUCACUAUUUGUCACGGCAGACGAUCAUUUGGCUGGCCGAGUGAUUAAUACAUGAGGGUCUAGUGUAGUAUUCCAACGCUGAGCACAGUAACAACCAAAAAUAUAGGGUAAUACACAGAAUUAUUAUUUUUUUUAAUUUCCACGUUAUGUGUUUUAUUUAACCAAGGACCGGGAAUUAGUGAGAAUUUAGUCCAGACAACUAAACAGAAAUUCAUUGAAUACUUUGCUUUUGACAUUCAUCAUGAAGAGUAGAUAAAAAGUUUUGUUUAUUAUGAUUAAUCACAUUACACGAAUGUUUGGUAAUGGCCACUUAAGGUGAAAGUAUUAAGCUGUCUGACUGACUGGCGACUUGCUCAGCUUCAGGAAUAAGCUGUGCUUCUGUGAGGUCCGUAUGGCCCAUAGUUUGUCUAAUUACAAUCAUUUUUUUAAGAAAAAAUAAUCCAUUAUGAGGAAAUAUUUAUGGGAAUCGUUUGUUUGUUUUUUCCUGGGGAAUCCUUGACAGUCUGAAACACUAAUUUGUAAAUGGGAGAGACUGAGGACAUGUGUCCUCAAGAAACGUGCCAAUUGAUGAAGCAGCUUGAAUGAAACACGCCCCCCGCCCCGCGCUCCCAAACAUGGUAUGUCGCAGGACAUCCAAUGACAUUUUACACUCCAGCCUUCGUCAGAAAUUCCGUUAGUCAGUGCACUGUAUAAAUGUCAGACGUUUCUCCGCUUAAAUUUUUAUUUAUUUUUGUUUUCCUGUGGCCGUGAAAGAGAGGAAGGGCUGUAACGUGUUGCAGCGGAUUUGCGGUUCCCCAGUUCCGAUGGUGACAUGCCUGACACUAAAGCCCAUGUCCCUUACGCAUUACGUCACAGCGAUGGACACUAAAGACACUCUCAGGCCUUACUCGCAUUUUCAGCGUACUGUUUUCACCACACAGACUGUUAUACGGGCGGCACGGUGACGCGGUAGCCAGCAAUGGGGUCUGCAUGCUCUCCCUGUGCUGCGGGGGGUUUUCCGGACCCUCUGAUUUCCUCUCACAGUCGAAACACAUGCAGUUAGGCUGAUCGACAUCUCUAAAUUGCCCGUUGUGUGCGUGAGCUCGUGUGCCCCGCUAUUGACCGGCACCCUGUCCAGAGUGUCCUGCUGCCCAGAUUGGGUUCCAGGCCCAGCCCUGUACUGGAACAGCUGUAAGAUGGACGGUCGUGUUGAAUGUUAAGUGGUGCUACUGUGUGCUCGUCCUUCUCUGCAGUGCGCGAGCCUGUGUAGUUCAGAAGGCCUCAUUUUGUGACGAUGAAGAAAGGUCUGAUGUCAAGAAAGGCCUUCUAACUCACCUGUACCCAAUGUAACCAGUUUUCUGCAAUUAAAAAAAAGACGCACCCUUAAAAUAUUUUGUACAUUUCUUCCAGUUGCUGCUUCGCAAACUUAUUAGAAAGCAAAAAAAAGGUCAAAGAGCUCUUGUUUUGCACGUUAACAGAUAACCUGCAUGUCUCAGAAACCCACCCUGCUGUGCUGUGACUGGUUCUGAUCCGAGUCCCUUGGCUCCUCAGCUCGGCCUGUACAUACAGUAUUAAUCUGAACUGGAAAAGCAAUCAAACACUACUUGAGCUAUUUUUGGGUCUGUGCACCCAAACUGAGGUGUAAGAUAGUCAAGCCUCUCAGAGAGCAGCCUGCUGACUAUGGGUAUGAGAUCCUGACUCGAGACGGUCCCGGGACGUCUGGGUGUGUGGCUCGGUGCCCGCCACCCAACAUGCUAGGCUGGCUCUGACGAUACUUGCAAACAGACCUGCUUCACACCAGUCGAGAUGAGUACGUUUCCAGUACAGUUACUUUGAGCCUUUUCCAGAUUUUUGCUUAAUUCCUGUCUAUAGGGAGAAAGUCUUUACGUUUCGCAGGAGAUAGCGAGUCUCCAGAAAGGACCGUGCUCUUUGGCCAUUACCGUGGAAUCCAUAGCAAAAUGUUGAUGAAGCAUGUUUUGUUUUUAAAUUUAAUUUUAAUUUUUUUUUUUUUUUGCUUUUGUCAUGUAAUAUCAAUAUGUAUUUAUAUAUUGUUUUAUUUUGUGUGUAUCAUGACAGCUGUACAGAUUUAAUGUUUGUUCUUGUUUUUAUUAAUAGCCACAUGUGAUAGAAUUUGCAGACAACAAAUUAUAAACAUCAGUUUGCUCUAGAAAUAAACCAAAUUCAAAGACC